AUGAUACCAUCAGAAGAGCAACAGAGGGUUAAACAGGAGGAACUUCGUCAUCGAGACAAACCUCAACCAUUGGUACAAGAGGAAGGAGCUAAAGAGUCGCCCAAGCAGAAAGGGACUACAUCACAUGAGGGACAGAAACUGACACAGCAAGGAUUUUGUUAUCGAGACAACCCCCAAUUAGGGGCUCAUGUGGGAGGGGCUGAAGAUCAGAGCCCACAAAAAGGGACUUCAUCAUCUGACGAGGAGAGACCAAGACAGGAAGAAGUUGAAAACCAAGACAUACUUAAACCUGAGUUGCAAGUAGGAGGGACAAAGGUACAACGUAAGCAGAGAGGGACUAUAUCACCUGAGGAACAGAGACCGGUACACGAAGAAGUUUAUGAGCAAAACAAUCAUCAGUUACAUGAACAAAGAGUUGUUGUUGAAGAACAGGGCAAGCACAAACGCGCAAGACUGUCCGUUGAGGAACACAGACUGAGUCAGGAGCUUCCACAGAAAAAGCAGAAACUGGGAGAAUUCGAGAACGCACAAGAGGGGAUGACGUCUAUAAAAGAACAUGGACCUAAGCAUGGGCAAUUACAGAGUCAUCAAGAUAAACCGCAAAAAGAGAAUCAAGUGGGAGGGGCUACACAAGAGAGUAAACGGAAAGGAACAUCAUGUAAGGAACAAAUACCGCGUCUGCACGAGGAAGUCGCUCAUCGAGACAGAACUGAACCAGAAGUUCAGGUAGGAGGGGCUGAAGAACAUAGCAAGGAGAAAAGGACUACAUCAUCCGAGGACCAGAGACCGAGACAGGAGGAAGUUGCUCAUCGAGACGAAUCCGAACCGGAGGUUCAAGUGGGAGGGGCUCAAGAACAUAGCAAGCUGAAAGGAAAGAAACCGAGAAGAGAAGUUCACGCUAGGAUUACUGAGAGCGAAAGCAGAUCAGGUAAAGAUUUAUCCAAUUAA